AUGGACAAUGAAAGCCUCCAUGUCAUAUCAUCCGUACGUCUCUUGUACUCUUGCAUAGCGUCGCCUAUUGCCUACAAAGGGUUGCCGUUGGCCAUGACAUCCGCUGCUGUACAUUGCGCAUCGUCCACCCUCCAACGCAUCGACGAAGGAUCUUCCGAGUCGUCCGGGAGCAGCGAAGGCUCAAUAUACAAUGCUGUCAGGAUUGAAUCACCCGCCAACGAGUCCGCGCAGAAGUUCGACAUGGGCCACGAGCUCAACAGUAUCGUCCUGGACCGCGCAACUAUAGCCCGACUCCUUGUCUCAUCUGCCCACUCGAUAUCCUACGCCUCCCUGCACGCCCCCCGCUACUAUCCACCAUACUCGAUCAGAUCAUCACGAUGGCAUCCAUACCCACGACCAGGCCGUACUGCCUUUUCUACCUACACCGGACGUCGACUCCACCUACCUCUGCUAGCAACAUCAAUCAACCGCAGCCCGAGCCGCCGCAAAGUCCUCAGUCUCAACGAUGCAGACAGCCGUCCACGCAAAUCCAGAUGGACCGCGAACCUCGCAUCUCCUGUGAGCCCCGUGGUCCCGCGCUAUCCACCCCCCGUGCGCUCCCCGACACCCCCAGGGGUUCCCUCGUUCGGCACCCGUGAAGCCAUGCGCUAUUAUGCCCAGCUCGCGCACGCAUCCCCCUCCGACGACCACCACUCGCGGUCCACGGCAGAGAGUCCAAUAGCCACGUCCUACAGGGCCGCGCUGCGACGAUUCCUCGGCAUGUCUGACUCACCUCGACAAGGCGGGCGAGCUCCAGUCGCAAGAGCCCCGGAUGGCACCGCCGUGCUGGGCCAUUUCCCCUACCGACACAGCGGCCAUGGGCUCACCACGAGCAGACGCCUGGACGACCACCCAUUCCACCGGAGAACACUCCCGGAGGCGCCAACGUCCAGCGAGCGGGACAUGUCUGGUCGACAACCCGCCGUCAGGCAGAACCGCCGGUACUAUCAUUCCGCAGACGCAGACCAUCUGUUACUAUCGCCUUUCGUCCCUUUCCAAUCGCCCGCGCCCAUCGCCCCCAGCAAACAUAGCACGGCCGCCCUGGACGAACCGGCGCAGUCGUGGACGGCCCCCUGGGGCGUCUGUUGCUGUUUACGAGAGAAGGAUGAUUCUGUCAGUGGUGCACAUUCGCCCACCCGGAAUACGCAUGCAUCCGCUCAAACCGGACGACCGGGUGAUGGGGCCCCAGACAACGCGGCUCGCGGCUGGCCGCAGAGCGUGGGACAGCUGUCCUGGGGGAUAUGGAUGUCGUUGCGACGGGUUGCGUCUCGGGUUAUGGCCUCGGGAGAACCCAUGUUGGCUUAG